UUAUCUUCAUUUUCUUGGAUUCAUUUACGCCUGUAUUCUCCCAAUGGGGAUUCACACCAUGGCAAACUGGAUUGUGCUUCCUUUCAAUCUUGGUCAGUUACUUCAUUGCAUGGGCAUCUUUCCUUCCCUUUUUCAGAUCAGCGGAGAAGAGGAGGAAACGUGGUUUGUAUGUCUCGCCUGAAGAUCGCCUUUAUUGGCUGUUAUACUUAGCACCGCUUGAGGCUAUUGGACUGUUUGGAUUCGCAUGGACAAGUAUGGGUCCUGACCACAAUCACUGGUUUGGUCCUAUCUUUUUCGCGGCCUUGAUUGGUAUCGCAAAUUAUGCCAUCUAUAUGGCUACGAUUGACUACAUGGUUGCAGCAUAUGGUCCAUAUUCAGCAUCAGCAACAGGUGGAAAUGCCCUCGCGAGAGAUUUCUUGUCUGGUGUCGCAGCGAUGUUUUCAAAUCCAUUCUAUGAGCAUUUCCCAAAGUAUACCUUAGAGUACCCAACAACUAUACUGGCAUGUAUAGCUAUAGCCCUCAUUGUUCCAAUUCACCUCCUUUAUUUCUAUGGACCGGAGGUAAGAAAGAGGAGCAAGUUCGCUCAAUUACUGGCAGGUGAACGUGAAACUACAGACCUUCGUCAUCAAGUUAGAGAUGAAAAAGCGAAUAUAUCAAAGCAUAUAGAAGUAGCUGCUUGAGGAAUACUUUAUUAUUACCGGAUCUACAGCACAUUUAAGUACUAAAUCAAAUAGAUAUCUUUAAGGACUUAUGCCUAUUCUUGUAAUUUCUAGAAUCAAUCAUAUUUAGGUUGACCGCAUAAGUAAAAUGUUGAGGAAAUAUAAAUUCAUUCGUUUUCCCAAAAAUGAUCACGGUGUAAUGGCCGUGAUAUUACGCGUUUUAGGAAUAUUUACUUUCCAACAAAACGGUCAUUAGCAAAUAAUAUAAUAUUAAAUAUGGCAUCCAAUGCGGGUCUAAUCAAGAGUAGUUCUUUUACUUCAUUCGAAAUCCACAAAACCACGCGCAAAUCAGUCAAGAUGUCGUCAUGGCAAACACACCAUAUGAAAUUGAAGCAGCUCGAAGAUGUUAUUAACAGCUAUGCAUCUUUGAAAGAUUUUGCUGAUGCAUUAUCAGCUAAAAUAGCCCAAUUGGAAUACCUCCAAAAUGGUGAAACACGACAAGUCACCACUAUUGAUCUCGGCACAAAGGUGUUCACAAAUCGUAAACGCAAGCACAGUGAUGACUAUCACCACAAUCAGCGCUUGCGUGAUCUUCAAAGAGAUGUUUGGUGGAAAUAAUUAGUCACUCCAGGCAUCAAUGAAGUCGGAAAUUGUAUAUAUGUAUAUU